GCCGGCUUUCCAGAGCCGGGCGGGGCGGCGACUCGGCGACGGACGGAGGGCCACACCGAACCGGGUGCGCGUCGCUGCCGGGUCUCGGCUCUCCACUGCCUCCGUGGCUGAGUGUCGGACUGGGCGGGCGCUGACUGAGAACGGACUGAGGACUGGAAACAGACCGAGGACUGAGGACUGGACGAGGACUGGUGCUGUGAAGGGAGAAGAGACUGAAAAACCACAGGACCUGUGCUGUUGCGUGAAGACGGACUGGUGUGUUUACCUGUGUUGUAACUCAGACGGAACUGGCUGAGGCCAAGUAAGGACGCGACAGUGUUUAGUGCGUUUGUUGACUGUGUGGACUGUUGAUACUGCCACUAGUUGAGAGCUUAUCCUACGAACUAGUCCAGAUUAUUUCGAUAUUCCUGUGUCCGGCUGAGUGAGAAGAGCCAAGUCACCGAGUCAAGCGAGCUUCUACGUCGCUCUACACAAACGUUCUACACAAGUUCUACGCUCUACACAAGACCUGUGAAAAACCAUCUGUGCGAAUCGUCAGUGGCCCAGUCUGCCCAUAGUCUCCGCGACAGCUGCUGCUACGUCUCCAGCUACCGCUCUAGCUUCGCCUCCAGCCACCGCUCCAGCCUCGCGAUGACCGUGGUGGAGCUGCUGGUGUCUGGCCCGGCGCCCUGGCUGGACCCCGUGCUGCGUGCGGCGCUGCUCGGUCCGCCGCCGGCCGCUGAGCGCUGUGACCAGGUCACCUCGACAGUGCCCAGCCCCGCACCUCCGCCAGGAGAGGAGGAGGAGCCGUCGACAGAUUUUGACGGCACGGCUGUGCUGUGCCAGGUGUGCGGGGACAAGGCGUCCGGAUUCCACUAUGGAGUCCACUCGUGUGAAGGAUGCAAGGGCUUUUUCCGCCGUUCGAUUCAGCAGAAGAUUCAGUACAAGCCGUGUACCAAGAGCCAGAACUGCUCCGUGCUGAGGAUCAACCGCAAUCGCUGCCAAUACUGCCGACUCAAGAAGUGUCUCACUGUUGGAAUGAGCCGCGAUGCUGUGCGUUUCGGCCGCGUGCCCAAGCGGGAGAAGGCCAAGAUGUUGGCUGCGAUGCAGUCGGUGAGUCGGCAGCAGCAGCAGCGCCAGCAGACGGCUCUGGCUGAGCUCGAGGACGGCCCGGUGCUGGCUGAGGCCGUGGUGCGCGCCCACCUGCUCACCUGCCAGUUCACCGGGGGACGGGUGGCCGCGCUACUGGAGAGGGCACGUCUUACGGCCCAGCAGGGAGCCGCCGAUACCGCCGCCAACGCGUGCCCUCUGAGCCCAGCCGAGUCCUCCUCACUCGGCACCGACCUGGGCGAAUCAGAACUCUUCGGCCCGCACAUCAAGGCGGUGGUGGAGUUCGCCAAGCGUCUGCCGGGCUUCCUGCGACUGCCGGAGGAGGACCGCGUCACCCUGCUCAAGUCGAGUGUGUUCGAGGUGCUGCUGGUCUGGCUGGCCGCCACGUUUGACGCUGAGACGAGCACCGUAGCCUGCCUGAACGGCCAGCUGGUGCGCCGCGAGGCGUACGCCGUCGGCUCUCAGCCCCGCUUCCUGCUCGACUCCAUGUUCGAGUUCGCCUCUCAGCUGAACGCGCUGCGCCUGGAUGACGCCGAGAUCGGUCUGUUCUGCGCCUGCGUGGUUCUGACCGCCGAGCGGCCCGGCCUGCGCAGCGGCACGCUGGUCGGUCACCUGCGCGCCCGGCUGGACGCCGCACUCCGCGAGCGGCUGGCUGUCAGCCACAGCGCUCAGCCGGACACCUACGAGCGCCUGUCGCGUAAGGUGCAUGACCUGAAGACGCUCAACUCGCUGCACGCCGACCUGGUUCGCUCUCUGCGCGUGCCGGAGGAGACGGCCGUGUCGCCUGCCUGGUCGGCGGCCACCCCUCGGCGGGCCGCCUGCUCCCCCUGCAGCGCCAGCUCCGGCUAUGUGGGUAGCGAGGAGGAGGGCCGCGGCCGGUCGCCGACCCCUCCCUCCCGCGACCUGCCGCGGCUGGCCGCCGCCCUGCUCUCCCACAAACGGCGAGCCGAGGACGACGGUCGCGCGGCGGCCGCCAGCCCGCCGGCCUCCCCACCCUCCCUCGAGGGCGGCGCCGGCGGAGACGAGUACAUGCCGCUACUGAAGCAGGCGCUGGCCGCCCCCGGCCUGGCUACUGCCGAACACCCCCUGCCGCACAAGAAGUUCCGCUGGCUGCGCCGGGAGAGCGGCGUCGAGGGAGAUGCUGCAGAGGAGGAGCGGGCGGCCGCACGCGCCGGCGCCACGCCCACACUGAGCCGGAUCCUGGGCGCGCCGCCGCAGCGGCCCUGGAGCUCGGAGCAGAUCCGCCAGCGCGAGGUGGUCGCCCGGCUACUGGGCAUGCCGCCGUCGCCGGCUCCCUCAUCCAGCCCGGCGGCUGGCACACCGCCCUCGACACCGUCGGUCAGCCACUCCCCCUCCCCCUCCGCUCCCGCUGCCUCUCAGGCGGAGCAGCCGCUCAACCUGACGAAGAGCGUACGCAGCCCCUCGCUGGAGGCCGUGCAGUGACUGGUGCCGCCCGGCACGCCUCGCCCGGCCUCUCAGUUGGUCUGUACAUACCUGCGGCCAAAUGUGCCAGUUUCCUAGUACAAAACGACGCACGCACACUGUCGCGUAAAAGACAAAUGCUCGGCCCCUGUGGCCGCUCUUGUUCGCUGUUCUGGAUUAUUGUUUAGCACAUGUGUAUAGUGUAUAAAUAGCAAAUACAGAGACGCGUUGUUGUGAGACCGGGUGCUGUUUUCUCCGGGGUUCAACAGCCGUGUCCGUGACGCUUUGUUCCAUGUCGCUCACUCUUGGUGUGCCCUCACUCGUCUGACGGAGCUGUGCACGUGCCCCAGUGACCCGUGCGACCGGCCGCGCGGCGCACCCACCCCGGCCCGGAGCCGGCACCCACCGAGGUCGGGCUCACGCUGUUGCAAUACUGCAGGGAUAGGGUGCAGUGCACGUGCGGCUUGCAUCCUGCUCACGCAGAUCGAGUGUACCCGCCGAAAUGCAUGCAUGUUAGUUGUAAAUAGACGCCCUUCGCGGCCCUUUGGGUCGUUGGCCCUUUGGCAAGGUGGAGACGUGCUCUCAUGUGUGUUUGAAAGUUGACUUUCCCGUGUGGUUCUGUGUGUGCGUGUGCUCGUUUGUUUGCCUGUUUACUUGUUUAGGUGUGAUGUGUGCGAUAUGUCUAAGCCUGUAUAUGGAUGCGAUUGACUCCCUUAUGGGCUUCUAUAUCCUGUAUUUGCGAGUUUGCGCCCAUCCGCCACCCAUGUGACAGAGUUUUGGCGCGGGCUAUGUUUUGCUGUUGGCGGGCGCUGCGGGGGGGGUUCGCUCGCCCUGUUGUUGGUCAGUGGCCGUCUGGAGCGACCGAGAGGAAGGUGCGACGAUUUAGAUCUCUGAUGAAGGUAUAUAUUGGGUGCUGCCACGUGUGGAGCCCACUGCUGGUGUGAAGAGUUGACUGCGUACCAUUGGUGUGAUGACCAGAACGCUGAAAAUACAUACAGUCUGCUCGCAAA